CCCACGAGAUCCAAUUCCUUAACAGAUUGGUUUUCUUUAUCUUAAAGGACUAUUGAAUAUAUUGAUAAUUGACAAGACUGCCCCACCCACCACGCCAUGGAGUUGACACUGCUGACUGCCCCCACCAGGCCACCAUUUCUUUUUUUCUGUCCUUCUGCUCAAUUGUCAGUACUGUCCUUCAUCCUUUUCUUCUGCCUCACUUCUCCCCUGUUCAGCUCCAAAACCAAGUCUUCUGAUCUUUUUAUCUUUUUGCUGUGAUUCUGUCCAAUUUGCAAGCCUCUUUCUUUUUUCUUUUUAUUUCUCUUUCUUUCGAAGAAGCCAAGCAUGGAGUGGAUGAGAUGAUAAAAUAAUGAAGUUCAGUAAUACUAAGGAAUCUUAAAUCUUUCCUUUACUUUCCUUUUCUUCUGUUUAUUUGGAGGGAAAAUUCUGAAGUUAUAUAUAAAGCCACCAAAUUAACCUACCGCUGCCACAAUCAAAGACCUCAAAACCAAAACAAUGUUAUCAUCAUCAUCAUCAUCAUCAUCUCAUUUUGUGUACUCUCUUACCCUUUUCCUUUCUCUUUUCCUUCUUUUUCUUUUUGCCCCUCAAAUCCUCCCUCUCAGGAAACAACAAAAAAUACAACAAUCCCCAAUCUUUCUCCAGGAUGAAUUGGAUGAUCUCCAUCUCUUCCAGGAAGCCACUCUCGCAUCAACCCGUGGCUUUUCCAAGACUUCCCAUCUGGGUACUACUAAUCCGAAGCCUAAAAUCGCCUUCCUUUUCCUUACAAACUCGGAUCUUGUCUUUGCCCCCUUGUGGCAACGCUUUUUCCAGGGAAAUGAUAAUCUAUUCAAUGUUUAUGUCCAUGCCGAUCCAUCCUACAAACUGUCAACCCCACAGUGGUCAAUUAAAGCCAAUUUCAUCCCAGCCAAGAGAACUGAACGCGCCUCCCCAACACUCAUCUCCGCCGCCCGCAGACUCCUAGCCAACGCCAUCAUCGACGAUCCAUUCAAUCUCUACUUUGCCCUGGUAUCCCAACAUUGUAUUCCUCUCCAUUCCUUCAAUUACAUUUACACUUCCCUUCUCGGGAACCCAAAUGCAGCAUCCAAAGCCUUUCUAACCCAACCUUCUCACAAAAGCUACAUCGAGAUUUUAUCCAAAGAUCCACAUUUGCACAACCGCUACGUUGCUCGAGGCGAGGGCGUGAUGCUCCCUGAAAUAUCAUUCGACCAAUUCAGGGUUGGAUCUCAGUUUUUCGUGCUAGCAAAAAGGCAUGCUUUACUUGUACUGAAAGAAAGGAAAUUGUGGAGAAAAUUUAAGAUCCCUUGUAUAGAUUUGGACUCGUGCUACCCCGAGGAACAUUAUUUUCCAACAUUCUUAUCAAUGGAGGAUCCAAAAGGAUGCAGCCAUUACACUUUAACCAGGGUCAAUUGGACUGGCAGUGUCGAUGGUCAUCCCCUUACCUACCAUGCCCCGGAAGUUUCACCGGCCCUUUUACAUACAUUGAGGAAGUCCAAUUCCACUUAUUCCUUCUUUUUUGCUCGAAAGUUCUCACCGGAUUGCUUGAAAUCCUUGAUGGCAAUCGCCGAUGAUGUCAUAUUCAGAGAUUGAAGUGAAUUGGGAACCUCUGGUGAUUGGGAGUGGAGAAAGAAUCAUGUUGCCCUGUGGGGUCAUUUGAUUGAAUUAAUGAAGUCCCCAUGCCUAAGGUCAAGGUGCUCUCUUGUCUUUUGUAAAAAAUUGCAUUGGAUCAACGCAUCACAAGAAAAUCAACUUUAACGACGAAAUUUCGUUGUUAAAAUGUCAAAGAAUAUGGUAGUAGUAUAAAGUUUUCUUGGAAAAUUGGGAAGGAAGGUAGGCAUAGAGUGGAGUGGAGAAAAGCAAUAUGGUUUAAGAAUUUGCCUUUUUUUUUUUUUUAAUUUGUUAUGUGUGUGUGAUAAUUAUCUCCCAUUUGCUCCUUCCACCAAGCUUUUUUAAUUGUAACUAUACCAUGUUACUUACGCCAUGGGGAAUGAAAUUUCUCUUUCAUUUUCAAUUUUAUCAUUGAGGAGCCAACUAGAAUCAUGUACACUGGAUUUAAAUUUGCUGGUGCACUGAAGUCUCCAUCAUGGUG